AUGGCAAAAGACCCCAUGAAACGCAACCAGAACCUAUACUGUCAGUACUACCAAGAACCGGGGCACACCAUUGAAGACUGCAGAAACCUGAAAAACCACUUGGACCAGCUGGUCCAAGAGGGAAAAUUAAGUCAUCUCCUAUAUCAUUCCAGUGGCCGACAAGAACAAACGAAUGUUAAGACAUGGAGGGACACCUUGAGACUGCCUAUAGGCACGAUAAAUGUCAUUCUCGCCGUUCCAGGAAGGACUAGCUCUUAUCCUUCCAGAGUAAUGUCGGUAGCUCAACUUCCCACUAAGAGUGACGAUCGGGAGUCUAAGAAGGCCAAGAGGAUGGCCUCACCCAUUCUAGGCUUCUCAGACGAGGAUAAGGUCGGAACCAUUGAGCCCCACGAUGAUGCUCUAGUCAUCACGCUCAGGAUUGGGGGAUAUGAUGUGAAGAGAGUGUUAGUCGAUCAGGGUAGCGCUAUGGAAGUAAUGUACCCCGACCUAUACAAGGAGCUGAAUCUGAAACCCGAAAAUUUAAUGGCAUACGACUUCCCUCUGGUAAGCUUCGAAGGGAAGACCGUUACUCCAAGAGGCCAGAUCAGACUGCCCAUACAAAUAGGCUCGGACAUAGUGGAGGUGGACUUCAUAGUGGUGGACGUAUAUUCACCUUACACAGCCAUUGUAGCUAGGCCUUGGUUUCAUGCCCUAGGGGUUGUUUCUUCUACCUUGCACCAAAAGGUGAAGUAUCCGUCGGAGGGUCGGGUUAAAGAAGUUAUAGGGGAUCAGACCAUGGCCCGACAGUGCAUGGUGUCUGCCAUCUCACGAUGGCCAAGUGCCGAGCCCUCAACCUCUACCGAGAACGGCUUAUAG